AUGUUCUCAUUAGCGGCCUUUCCAACAAUUGUCUACACCUACAGUGGAGCACGACUACGACAGUGGCGUAGAUCAUUAAGAGAUGUACGAGUACUCAGAGGUGCAGAUGUAAAUAGUGAUCACUAUCUAUUGAAAGCUACCAUCAAACUAAAACUAAGAAAGGCACCUACUGAAAACCAGAAUAGAAAGAGACUAGACACAGCAAGGUUGAAGUCACCACAUGUCAAGAAAGCUUUUUGCUUAGAAUUGAAAAACCGGUUUAGUGUGCUAGACAACUCUGAUGAUGAAGAAGACAGUGUACAAAAGAAGUGGGAUAACAUCAAAGAUAUUUAUGUAACGACGGCAGAAAAAACAGUUAAAAGAAGUGCUAGAAAAGACAAAAGACAAUAUCUGGAGGACCUAGCAAAAGAAGCAGAAAAGGCAGCCAUUCUGGGAGAGUUCAGUACAGUUUACAAAAUCACCAAACAACUCUGUGGAACAUCAAAUGCACAGACAGCACAUGUAAACGACAAAAAUGGCAAAGAAUUGAAAACUGAAAGGGAACAAGCAGAAAGGUGGGUCCAGCAUUUCAAAGAGGUAUUAAACUGCCCUGAGCCUGAUAUCUUAGCUACCCCUGAACCAUCAGAAGAUGACUUAAACAUCAACACAGAACCAUCAACUAUAGAAGAAGUAAGAAUUGCCAUUAAAUCAUUGAAGACAGGGAAGGCACCAGGCAUCGAUUCCAUCCAUGCAGAGAUGUUAAAGGCAGACAUAGAUACAUCAUCUAAGGUACUCCACAAUCUUUUCCUUGUCAUCUGGAAAGAAGGGGACAUUCCAUCAGACUGGUGCAAAGGCCUGAUUGUGAAAUUACCAAAGAAAGGCAAUCUACGCAACUGUGACAACUGGAGAGGGAUUACAUUACUUUCUGUCCCUAGUAAGGUAUUUUGCAAAAUUCUGCUAAAAAGAAUUGAUAAAAUUGUGGAUGAAAAGCUUAGAGAAGAACAAGCAGGCUUUAGAAGAGCUUUGAAUGCAGUGUCAUCCUUGAUAGCUCUAUCUCAGACUCAUUUGAAGUUCAAUCUGGUGCUAUUUUUACUGGCCAUUGACUGGAUACAAAGACAUACAACAUCAGACAAAAAAAGGGGUAUCCAGUGGACCAUGUUUAACCAGCUAGAAGACCUUGAUUUUGCUGAUGACAUAGCCAUAUUAUCAACAUCAAGUGGACACCUACAAGAGAAGACCAACAUACUUAACAACUAUGCAAAGCAAACUGGUCUGAAUGUCAAUGCCAAGAAGACCAAGGUAAUGUCAAUUAACACCAGAAUUACAACACCAAUAACAAUCAAUGAUCUGCCAGUGGACAGUGUUGAAGAUUUCACUUACCUUGGAAGCAUCAUAAGUAAAGAUAAUGGAACAGGAAAGGAUAUAAAGGCAAGACUAUCUAAGGCACAUGCAACAUUUGCAAGACUUCAUACUAUCUGGAAGUCCAACCAGUACAGUUUAAGGACCAAACUGCGAAUUUACAACAGCAAUGUAAAAUCUGUCCUGCUGUAUGGUUCAGAAACUUGGCGUGUUUUAGUUAGUGACCUUCAAAAAUUAGAUGCAUUCCAUACCAGCUGCCUAAGAAAGAUCAACAGAAUAUUCUGGCCAAAUAAGACCAGCAACAAGAGCCUUUUGGAGAAAUGUAAUGCUAAGAGCAUAACAGCAGAAAUUAAACAACGAAGGUUUAGAUGGUUAGGCCAUGUACUGAGAAUGCCACAACACCGCACACCAAAAACAGCUCUAUAUUGGACACCACCAGAAAAAAGGAAACCAGGGAGACCUAGAAUCACCUGGCGAAGAACUGUUACUGCAGAAUUAGAAGCAAUGGGUUACACCUGGGGCCAAGCCCAGUACAUGGCUAAGGACAGAGAUAAGUGGAGGCAGUUUGUUGUGGCCUUAUGUCCCACUGGGGAUGAAGAGGAUAAGUAA